AUGGAGGAGGAGGUGUAUUGUGGAGAAGGAGGCCUACUGUGGAGGAGGAGGUGUAUUGUGGAGAAGGAGGCCUACUGUGGAGGAGGAGGUGUAUUGUGGAGAAGGAGGCCUACCGUGGAGGAGGAGCGCCCGCAUACGCAGGUAGCUGCUGCUGAGGCGGAUGAUGGAGGCCUUGUCCAGCUGUGCGGUGAUGGCGGUGGGAAGAGGCAGCAGCCGCGACAGAGCGCUCAGCUCACGGUCCUGGUUCUGGUCCAGAAAGGUCCACAGGCGGUCCACAGAUGGUCCACAGAUGGUGCUCCUCUAACUUCUAACGCCUCCUCUCUCUCCUCUGCCUCCUCUCUCUCCUCUGCCUCCUUCGCCUCCUCUCUCUCCUCUGCAGCUGUGGAGAGUGUGAGGCUCCUGAGAGAGGCCCCUGGACCCACAUCUGCCUCAGGGGGUGGAGCCCUGUGUGAGGACUGGGGGAGGGAGCUGUCAAAAAUGUGA